AUGCACGCACAAUCGCCUGGCUGUUGGAGGUCUGGCAUCGGACACGAACCACCCUCUCCGAAAACUGGGCGUCCAGCGGCCAGGGCUGUGCUCCAGGGCACACGCGGUUUGAGCUCAAGAUGCGCUGCUAAUGAAUUUGGUGCGGCUCAACAACUACCCGGCAACGUCCAGGCCAGGAAAGCGUGGUUUAAUAUUGGACUCGAGCCUGGGGCCGUCAAUAUUGCCGCAGACGGAUUUUAA